AUGGUCCGUACGUACGCCGAGAUCCAGGCGCUGCUCGACGGCCGCGGCGAGACUCCCAGCGCUUCGGCCAUCGCGUCGCUCGUGCCCGAGGGCCCGCUCCUCCUGAUCCUGAUCCUCGGCAGCACGAACGAUGCGGCAGGAAAGCCGGACGGUGAUGUGGCAUUGCGUGCUCGCCUGGCCGUCGACCUCUACCGCCGGGCCUGCGCGGCCGGACGCGCGGCGCUUGUGCUGCCGAGCGGCGGUGUCGCGCCUGGUUUCAGCUUCAACCCAACCGAGAGGCCGCACUGGGAAUGCGUGGCAGCCGCCCUGGAGGACGCCGGCUUGCCUGCUGCGGCGCUGCUGCGGCCCGGCCUGCCUGCGCUUCACACCGUCGAGGAAGCUCUGCUCUGCCGCACGCUCGCGUCGCACUACUCGUCGCGGGCGGGAUGCGGUGAGCUGCAGCUGCUGGUCCUCACCUCGUGCUUCCACGCCCCGCGGACGCGCCACCUGUUUGGGCUGUGUUUCGGGCCGCACACCGCACUGCCGCUGCGGUGCGACGUGGCCUCCGUCCCCACCUGCUGGGACGCGUCCGCGCGCGCCGCGAGAGAGGCGCACGAGGCGGCCGCCCUCGAGGCGCUGCGGACGGCGCCGUUUGGGCCGUGGCUCGACUACCUGCGCGCCGCCCGGAUCGAGGCGGCGAACCGGUCGAGGCGCUGGUCGCGGCGGCUCGAGCCGUCCCCCGCGGAGCUGAUGAGUCUGGCGGAGGGCGGCGCGAUGGCGGCCGCCAUCGGCGAAUGUGGACAGGCGAUGGAGGCGUGCGAUGUGUCGUCGGCAGUGCCGAAGUGA